AUGGUGCAACAUCUCUCUGUUGCCAUCCAUGGCUUGUCCGGACGUUGCCUCCAGCUCCAGGUCAAGCCGGAGGACACCAUCGGUCGCAUCAAGCAGCAAGUUGGAGCUGCUUGGGAGGUACCGGCGAUGUGCCUGCAGUUAUCCCUGGAUUCGCACUUACUGGAAGAUCUGGAAACUCUGGGUGGCCAAAGCUGCGAAAGGGCGACCUUCGAUUUGGCAGCUGUGUACCUGCCAGAGCGGCUCUAUGAAGCCUUGGACCACGGAAAGCUGCUUGACAAAAGGGCGGCCCUAGUGGCAUUGCCCUCAAUAGCUGGUCCUGAUGAUCGUCGUGCACUUCGUGCCGCCUUGCAAGGGCUGGAGAUCCCCGUCCCAGAGUUGCAUGUUGCUGCCAUCGACGCCCUCGUGGCCUUGGGAAAGGGCAAAGACCACGUCAUCGAGGAGAUCGCUUCCCUGGUGGCUGAUGCGACUACAAUGCAGGUGAAGUGCCACGCCCUCGGCAGCUUGCCACAUGUGGCAGAGCGAGGCAACGAGCGUGCAAUCGAUGGAGUUCUGGCUGGCUUAUCUUCACCUGAGGAAGAUGUCCGGCACGAGGCAUUGAGCUGCGCAUUGCCAGCGCUCGUGGAGCCAGGUGAUUCGUCGGCUGUUUGGAAGCUGGUCGCUCUCUUGCGGCAUCGUGACCGGCGCAUCCGGGAAACUGCUGUGGAAGCGCUUUCCGUCGCGGUGGCAGCUUCUGAAGAAGGCCGCAGGACGGCUGUCCACGCCUGCGCUUCGCUGCUGGACUCCAGCGACUGGGUGGCGCGACAGUUCGCGUUGAAGGCCAUGGCAAAUGUUGCAGAAGUUGGGGACGAAAGUGCUGCUGCCGUUGCCAUCGCCUGUCUGCACGAUGCAGACCGUGACAUCAGGUGCCAGUCGAUCGAGGUCCUGCCGAAGAUUGCACCAAAGGGUGACAUCCAGGCGCUCCUGAGCAUGGUCAACUGCCUGGAGGACGUGGAUCCAGACGUCCGAGCCACAGCCUUGCGUUGCUUGCCCCGGCUUGCUGCGCCAGGCAGUGGAAGCAGAGUCGUCCUCGAUGUCAUGAUUGGGCGCCUUUCCAGCCCGGAAGGUCAUGUGAGGCACAGCGCCACAAGCCUCUUGCCCUGCCUUGCGCCACAAGGCGACACAUCAUCACUGGAUGCAUUGAUGCCGCGCCUACACGACGUCCACAUCGACAUCCGCGUUUCGGCGGCCCAUGCCAUUGCCGCGAUAAUGUCACAUGCAGACCGCCAGACUAUGAGAAAACUGGCUGACAGCCUGGAAGAUGAUCACAAAGCAGUCCGAUGCGCGGUGCUGCAGGCCUUGCUUGCCACGGAUGCCGAACUGGAUGAAAAAGCUGUGCAGACUCUGCGGGAGCGCCUGGAAGACGGGUGCUUCGAUGAUGCAUGGCGACAUGCCCGUGACAGCAUCUUGCGCAACGACGCGCAGCUGGUAUCGCUGGCGAGAGCAGAAAAUUGGCCCCGUGAUUCGGGUUCUGUCUGUACGAAGACGCAGGCUUGA